AUGGUUUUCUAUGAUCCUGCCAAAGAAACAACCCUGACUGUUGAUGCAAGUCCUGUCGGUCUUGGGACCAUACUGUCUCAGAUACAAGAGGAUGGUACCAUACGCAACAUUUCAUAUGCAAGUCGCACCCUUACCCCCACUGAACGCCGCUACUCGCAGACAGAAAAAGAAGCCCUUGCAGUGGUAUGGGGCUGUGAACGCUUCCAUUUGUAUCUUGUAGGUAAAGAAUUUACCCUCUACACUGACUAUAAGCCACUUGAACUGAUUUAUAGCCCUAAAUCCAAAGCACCACCACGCAUUGAGAGAUGGCUUCUCCGAAUGCAGCAGUACCUGUACCAAGUGCAAUACCGACCAGGAUCGUCAAACCCUGCUGAUGUGUUAUCCCGUCAACCAACAGAAACCUGUGAAUGGUCUGCUAACACUGUGGACAAGUAUAUCAACUUUAUUGAGAGCCAUGCUGUCCCCAAAUCAAUGGCUCUAGAGGAGAUUGCUGCUGAGACAAGUACUGAUUCUGAGUUACAAGCUGUGAUCAAAGCAGUGCAGACAGGACACUGGUAUGAAAAAAAUGAUCCAAACUGCAGGUAUGCGGUUACAGCUUAUCAUAAAUUAAAGGAUGAACUGUCUAUUACUAACAAUGGUAUACUUUUACGUGACACUCGAAUUAUUAUUCCAAAGUCUCUUCAGAGUAGAACUUUGGCCAUUGCUCAUGAAGGGCACCAAGGUAUAGCAAAAACUAAAGCACUAUUACGCACUAAAGUGUGGUGGCCUGGUCUAGAUACUGCUGUAGAAAGUCUUGUAAAAUCAUGUUUACCUUGCCAGUCAGCAACUAUCCAAGCACCACAGCCAAAGGCUCCGUUAAUCAUGACUGAUAUGCCAUCCAAACCAUAUAUGGAGCGUAGUAUACGCUGA